AUGCUUCCUCUGGCACCAAGAAGUCAAGGCAAAGUCCACAAAAAGUCAACAGAAAAAGUCAACAAGAAACAAAACGAAACAAACUUUGUUGAAAGUCUCAACAAGUCAAACUUUCCACCAAACGCCAUUCAAAUGUCAACCACCGAUAUCGCACAGCUGGAACAGCAGAGAAAAGAGCUCGCCGCUAGCUUCAAUGAUAUCGCUACCGUGCUGAAGCGCAGCUCCGAACUAGCAGCGUCUUUUGCAGAGAGUAUCCUCGGCAGCGACGCGUUUGAGGUGCUCCAACAUUUGCAACAAAGUGCGGACCCUGCUCCCACUAAAGGGAAACGCAAGGCCGCCGUUACAGAGGACGAACCUCUCGACGGAACCAAGAAGAGGAAGCGCAUCAUUAAACCCAAGGAUCCCAACGCGCCAAAACGUCCUGCAUCGUCCUAUAUCUUGUACCAGAACAAUGUCCGGAAGGAACUCAAAGAGCAACACCCAGAAAUGAAUAACGCGGACCUCUUGACCAUGAUAUCUGAACAAUGGAAGAACAUGACAACCGAAGAAAAAGAUAAAUACAACCAAGAGAACAAAGUUCUGACGCAACAAUACUCAGAGGAAAAAAAGGCUUACGAUAACCGUACUCCAGAAGAAGUCCAGGCUGCUAAAGCCGCUGCUGAAGUCGCGCUUGCCACGAAAAAAGAAAAGAAACCAAGAGCACCCCGGACCACCAAACCAGCAGCAGCGGCAGUAGCUCCUGCAGUCGUGCCCACUCCGGCUCGUCCACCACCUGUUGUGGAAGCAUCACACAGCUCUGGGUCGGAAGACUCCUCGGAUGAAUCAGACGAUGAAGAACCACACCCGAUUGCGCACCUCCCCUGUGACAAGGACAGUGGACCGGUGAAAGUGGUUUGGCUACGAUCUGACAGUUGUUUUUUGCAUCUACUCUUGACUGGUGUCACUGUAUUUUUGGACACCGUAAUCCUGCCAACAUCAACUGGUUGCGAGAAGGAACUUCCAAGAUUAGCUGACCUCGGGCACGUGGAGCGCCUGUUCUCAAAUCAUAGUGCAAGGGAACAGCUUGAAGUUGAUAUUAUUGUACACACUCUACGACCUAAAAACGAUUCAAUCAACUCAACUUCCAUCGGAGAGCCCCUUGUCGAAAUUGCGACGCAAUACUUGACCAAUAAAGUGGUUACCGCGCUCAAGCCCAUGAAGGCUGAGGCGUCUCAAGAACUUUUCGACCUGUUUAAUAACAACGACUCAGUGAUCAAAGGCACCACUGGCACCCUGCCUCUCCACAUUUACGAGUUGAGAGUAGCUUUACCAGAUUCACCGCACUCCGGCUUGUCUGUUCGCUCGCUUUCACCGCUCGCCUUCACCGCUCGCCUUCCCCCCACCCACCCACGACACCCUCCUCGCCGUAAUCGAUCGCCAACGCUCGCUCCUCUCCUUCCUCAACCACAUCCGACAUGUCUACACCUCCCCCAUAUGAAUCACAGAGAAACCCAGAUACCCGCCAGCUCCCUCCUGGUUGGGUCUCGCAAUUCGAUUCAAACUCCUGUCAGUUACAAGACUUGGUUCUACGUAAAUACCAAUGCCAGUCCACCAGUAACAAGCUGGGUGCACCCACUCGGCGCAGCGCCACCACCUGGUCCACCGCCCGCUCCUCAUUCCCCUCCUGCAGGCCCUCCCCCUCCCACGAACACAGGGUAUAACCAGGGCAGUGGCGGGCAGGGAUAUGGGUACAGUAACCCCCAAGGCGGAUAUUCUCCUAGUUACGUCGCUUUCCAGCAUACGUCAUCUCAUUAA